CCAUGAUAAAUCAAGUAUGUGUAAGCGCGGCCUCUUAUAGCUCCAUUUCUUCAUCUUGCCGCAACUUCAGACGACGGCUGUUGACAGUUUUGCAUUGUCCCUACACUAGGCCCUGUAGACAAGUUCAAGAGCUCUUUAGCUGCUUACAUAGCUCUAGUGUGAAGACAUACAACUCCAACCGCUCGCAUGUCUCCGCAAUGGUUUGUUGAUCAAUUGUAACGCUACUGUGCAUAAUGCCUCCUUUAUACUCUAGCACAAACCUACCUACACCAUCGUCUUCAGAACCUGUCGAGCACAGCCCUGCACCCCAGACUGCGGGACCUAAAUUGCGUGACAGCUGCGAAGCCUGCGCGACCUCGAAGUUGAAGUGUCCCAGACAAAAGCCGACUUGUUCUCGGUGCUUAAAAAGAGGUAUACAAUGCACAUAUGUUGCCACACGCCGCGGGGGUCGGAGGAGCGUGUCAUGGGCAAGGUCCAGCACUAGGACCGAAAAUGAACCUAGCACACCUUCUAUAACAGCUCCGAGCAUGAUGAGCGAGAAGCCAGUUGAGGAAUUGGUGUGUUUGGAUGAAUGGUUCCAAGCAAACCAGGAGGACUUCAUGGGCCACGUCUCAGGCUCUUCGUCAGUCGAGGUAUUUUCACCGAUGAGAUCGGUGGUCGAGGGAAGUCAUUUCGACGACUAUCUAGCAUCACCUCAGGCGAUGCUCACGCUCUGUGAUCGCCCCGGUCAAAUGCAAUCUCCCUUUGGCAGCCUGGACAAUGGGAAAGACGACCUGGCAUUCCUUGGGGAUUUACCCUUUCUUGACAAUGCCAUGGCCCAUACCGAGACAAACUCAGACACAGGGACAGUGGUCAGCACAAACACGAAUACGCCGCAGUCGCGUCCCAUUGAGUCAGGAGCAUCAUGUAUGGACAGAGCCAUGGACCUUCUGAAGGAGUUAUCUCCAAACACGAUGAGCUUGUGCUCAAGCUCGAGGGAUCUGGAUAGUCCCAGCGCCGGCCGGACAACCCGAGACAUCAUUGCCACCAACAAAAGAAUCAUCGAUGCUGUGAUAUCGAUCCUAGGUUGCUCCUGCUCACGGGACGGCUAUCUAUUGUCUAUCUUAUUGAUGAUAGUGCUCCGAACCCUCGACGGCUACACUGCAGCAGCUCGAAUGGGCGUAACAGCUGCUGGUAGAUACUCUGCGGUGCGGAGCCGUUCAUCUUUGCCGUACCAAGCUUCUCCCGGGUCUGCUACGACGAAAGGCUCCAGCGUUGACAGGGACGAAGACCCGCGGCACAUGGCUGCACAGCAUGUGCUCUCCGAGCUGCAUCACAUGCAACGACUUGCGAAGCAGCUAUCAGAGAAGAUGGAUGAGCAGAUACAACAGCGCGGUGCAGCGGGCAGAGUGCAAGGGCUCUCAGCCGGUGAGAGUGCUCUAAGUGAAGAUGAAACGCAUUUUUCGUCAAACACAUGGAACCAACUCGAUGCGGAAUUAAAGCAAAAGCUGAAAUCGCUGUCAGGUGGGAUUAUCUCCAUGUUGAGAGGGGAAUAGACUACAUAUACAAUAGCUGCUAUGAAUACAGAGGUUCGGAC